UAUCAAUCCGUCAAAUCAAUUUAUUAGAUUUAUUAAAUAAUUAUCGGUAGUGUAAAUAUAACUGGGGACAUGACACCAAACUAAAACUAGUUCCAGCAUAGAAAAAUCCAUCCAAAUCUUUGUCAUAUUUUUCCCAAAAAAAAAUAAAUGUGAUUAGUUACUGUAAAUUCUGCUUGAUUCUUCCAAAUUAUCGAUAAAAUUACUCAUAAUUAAGUAUAAAUUAGUGAUCCGAUUCUUGUAAAAUUAUUGGUGAAUUGGACUUAGAAUGACUUUUGAAAGUACUGAUUUUAUUUAUAGCAAAUUCUUCCGAUCUAAGGAUCUAAAGAAGAAACAAACGAUUUCUAAUAAAAACUUCCAAAAAAACAGGACUAUCUGUGAGGAAUCUAUAAAGACAACUGAUUUAACCUCAAUUUUGCUUCCAAAUGAACCUGGAUAUAUUAUUCCCGGAGAAAACGAAAAAACUUAUAAACUAACCCAAACUAAUCUUUUAACAUUAGUUGAUCAAGGAACUAAAAAGAAGGUAAUUUUGAAUUUACCUUAUGGCCCGUAUGCUGUUGAUUUCUCUCAUAAUGGCCGUUAUCUACUUCUUGGGGGUGAAAAAGGCCAACUUUCUUUAAUUUGUACUCAUACUUAUAAGGAUUUUUUUGAUAUUUCGGUUAAUGAAAAUAUAAGAGAUGUAAAGAUUUUACAAAAUCACACUAUGUUGGCAGUUGCUCAGAAGUUGUACGUCCACAUUUACGACAACACUGGCGCUGAAGUGCACGUUUUACGAGACCGAAUGUUAACGCACAAGUUGGAAUAUCUUUAUUAUCACUACUUGCUAGUCACAAUAGGAGAAUUUGGAGAGCUUUGUUACCAGGACGUUUCCACCGGUGAAAUCGUGGCAAAACAUAAUACUAAGAAAGGCCCUUGUCAUGUCAUGUGUCAAAACAAGGAUAAUGCCGUCAUACAUCUCGGGCAUAAAGAUGGUUUAGUUUCAUUAUAUGUACCAAAUAUGGAAAAGAACGUUUUGAGAAUGUCGUGCCAUAAAGGGCCUGUAACUGCGUUGUGUGUACAUAACAAUUACAUGGUUUCCUCAGGAAUUGAUGGUUACUGGAAAGUUUGGGACCUUAGGAAGUACAAGGAUGCUGUCGUUAGCCAGUUUAUUGGCUCAAAUCCUCCCACAUGCAUAACUUCCAGUCAAACUGGUGUCCUUUCCCUCAACUUUGGCUGUCGAUUAGAGUUUUAUAAUAAUGUUUUUGAUGGAUCAAUUAAGCCAAAUUUGUACCUUAAACAUCAGUUUAACUCACAGGAGAUAAAAUCAGUGGCAUUUCAGCCCUACGAGGAUGUUUGUGCCGUGGGAACAUCUUUUGGCCUGUCAAACUUGAUUAUUCCUGGCUCAGGUCUUUCUAAUUUCGAUUCAUUAGAACAAAAUCCAUACGAAACAGGGAAGAUAAGGAAGGAUCGUGAAGUCCAGAGGUUACUGGAAAAGUUGCCCCCUGACUCCAUAACUUUGACUAUGCAACCGAUUGGUAGUUAUUCUAGAGACCUUUCUCAAGCCAAAUUUCCCCAGGAGGAACUUGAAAAUGUAGAAAAAAACAAGAGAAAAAAUAGGAAAAGAACUAGCAAAUCCUCAGCCAAAUAUAAAGCUGAAAGAUAUAGUAAGGUGUUUACUAGAAGGAAACAGGCAGUUGUUGAUAAGAUAAAGAGCUUGAAGGAAUCUGGGAAACAGGAUGAAGGGAAGGAUGUUAUUAUGGCAAGAAUGACAAAAAAUGACGUUGUAAAAGGAUCAGUCAAGGGCGCAGCGCUUUCAAGACUCUUUAAAAAUCAAUAA